AUGCCGGAAGGGUUGUGGGGACGAACCGCUUGUGCUGCCAGCUUUGGUUUCCAUGCAACGGCAGCUUUGAGUGAGGGGCCCUUUUCUAUUUAUGCUUAUGGUCCCGGCGUGGGCGGCCUUCCACUAUUUUCGUCAGGGGACGAGAUAUUUGUAGGCAAUUUCAGUCGUCUGAAUGAUUCUGAAGCAGCGCCGGUCCAAUUCGCCGUGGGAGACGAUCAGUGGAAGGGAUCUCCCAACCCCACGGGUUAUGCGCAAGAUCAGCAUCCAAGCUGGUCUAACAAAACACUUGUGAUUCCUGGACCGUCUUCGUCUUCUCAUAUCGUUAGAAUGAUCAACGACACAGCCGAUGCUAGCGAUUAUGUUUUAAGUUUCAUGCUCUAUGGAUCCUUCGUUAUGGUCGAGGAGGGCAGGGAAAUGUUCUCACUGUGGUACGGGGAAUCAUCUGACAUCGAGGGCGUUUACACUGUUGGUUGGAAUGCCUCAAUUGCUGGGGACUCGGGUGGAAAGGUACCUCUUACUUUGAAGAAAACUCCUCCGUCUGGCCCACCUCAGCUGUAG